ACCUUCCGAGUUCCUCUGUAUAAAUUUAUGAAAAGCCAUCAAUCAUAUAUCUGAGAAUUCAGAAGUAGUGAGAAAAAGACAAAGGAAAAAAAAAUCGGGAGUGGAAAUGCAAGCAGCAGCGGUGAUGGCAUCUCAACCAGUAAUCAAAGUUGCUGGGCUCUGCGGUUCCCUCCGUAAAGGUUCCUACAAUCGUGGUCUCCUCCAUGCCGCAAUGGAGAUAUGCAAGGAUUCAAUGAAGGGUAUGGAGAUCGAGUACGUGGACAUAUCGCCACUGCCGUUUCUGAACACUGAUCUGGAGGUCAACGGCACUUAUCCUGCCGCUGUGGAGGCUUUUCGUAAGAAAAUUGAAGAAGCAGAUUGUUUCCUUUUUGCUUCUCCCGAGUACAAUUACUCCGUCACUGGUAUUCCACUUUUCUUCCCCCUCCUAAUUUUAUCCCUUUUUUCCACCUUCUCUAACCGAUGCUCCACUUAUCUAUUUUGAAGCUAAUUUAGACUUUAAAUGGUUACUCUUUUUGAAGAUCUUACUUUGUUACUCAAAAUUUGGGCAAAAAUCAGAGUAAGUUGCAAAGGUUCCUCGUAUAAAAAUUAGUUUGGCUCUAGGAAUCAGAACAUGAGUAUAGCUAUUAUUUAAUCUUUAUUGGAUGGUAACUAUGGAUUGACAUUUCUAAUUUAUGAUUUAAUUGUUUUGGAAUCUGGAUCUGAUCAAUUUAGUGCUAUUUCGACUUAUAUGCACUGAGAAUCUGAAGACUUGUACACCAAGAAUGAUGAUUUAUGAUGCUUAUCUGGUGAGCACAGAGCUUUGAAUACUAGAAAGAAAUAAAGGGAAAGAGGAUUAAGAAAAAGUUGAAAGCUAGCAAAGUGACAAUAAUUGGUGUUUUAGAUGGAUGAUUUGAUUAGUGGUUUUGGUGUGAAUUAGGACCCAUGAUCACUAUUGCUAAUUAAGUAUGCCAAUUUAUUCUGUGCAACUUUAGCUUUUAUUGAUGAAGGUUGAACUGGGAAGAUGCUUCUUUUAUAAAAAGUGAUAGCAAAUAAGCUGUAUAUGGUGAAAACUAAAGAAAAAGUUCCUGCUUAGCACAAAAUGAUAGUAACAUACAACAACAAUAACAACCCAGUAAAAUCCCACUAAUGGGGUCUGGGGAGGGUAGUGUGUACGCAGACCUUACCCCUACCUAAGGGUGACAAGUGGGCAGGUCCAGGCCCGGGAUCGCGGGCCAAACGCCCGGUUUUAGCGGGCCUGGGUCGGUCUCGUGGGCCGGUCCUAUGAUUUGGGCCCGAGACUGUUUAGCCCGCCAGGGCCCGGGACCG